GUUUUAUAAAGAUACGCUCAUACUUAUAUCAUAACCUUGUUUAAUUAAAUAUUAAUUUUGUAUUGAAUAUUAGUAACUAAAAAUGUUGUGUUCCAAUUUGCUCAAGUCAAACUUGAAGCAACUAAGCAAUUGCUUGAAGUCCUACUCUAAUGUGGCUGCAGUUGAAGGCCAGAAGCAUUACCUAAAACCAAGACAGGUAUGGAUUGAGAAUUUGGAUACCAUCGAUGAGAAGAAACUUGGUCUCAUUGAUCUGCAUCCAGAUGUAUUUGCUGCAAAUCCACGUAUAGACAUCAUCCACCAGAAUGUCAGGUGGCAAUCCUUAUACCGCUAUGUGAGCUUUGCACAUACUAAAGUGAGGUCUGAAGUCAGAGGUGGUGGAAGGAAGCCCUGGCCACAAAAAGGUAUGGGUAAGUCAAGGCACAGUUCUAUCAGGAGUCCAAUGUGGAGAGGUGGUGGUAUUAUCCAUGGCCCCAGGUCUCCCACAAGCCACUUCUACAUGCUACCAUUUUACACAAGGGUGCUUGGUUUAACAAGCACUUUGUCAGUUAAGUUGGCUCAAGAUGAUUUGCAUAUAGUGAAGAACUUGGAUAUACCCACAGAAGAAUCCAGUUUCAUGCAGGAAUUAGUCAAAAGCAGGAAUUGGGGACCUUCAGUACUCUUUGUUGAUGAAGUGGAUAUCAUGCCAAGGAAUAUAACUGUAGCUACAGAUGAGAUCAAGCAUAUGAACUUGAUGCCGGCAUACAGUUUGAACGUCCACUCGAUGCUCAAGUACGACACUCUUGUAAUGACCGAAGCUGCAGUCAAUCGAGUGAUAUCGAAACUCUUGGAAGCUUUAAACCGUAACGAUGGGAAUGCGGCAAUGGAGAAAUUCAAGCUAGACCAAGUGUAAUAAUAUCUACAUGUAAAUUUAAUUUAUAGUUUAAAUAAAAAGAAACAAUCAAUUCUC